AUGCUGGGACUACGCUGCGUGGCUAGCAUUUUGGGCAUGCUGUGCACAGAAGCAGCCCUCAUGAACAUUUGGAGUUGGGGACAUCAAGAGCCCAGCUGCAAAGAGCCGGACUACGAGAAAAGUUGGCCCGUGGUCCAGCACAGAGUGUGCCAGUUGGCGCAGAAUGUAGUCGCACAAAAGUUGCAGUAUCAGGCCGCAAAAAUGGACUCGCAGAUUACGAAUCUCUUCAAGAGGUUCGACAAAGUCUGGAAAUUCCACAGGAUCGUCGACAUCAAGGACGCGAAGCUCGAACAUGCCUUGAGGGGAAUCAAAAAGCAAUACCCAAAGGCCACGUCCUUGCAAGAACUCACCGUUGACAACUUCGUUGGACAGGCUAACGAGAUGAAUGUGGUGGAGUUUCGUAACCUUGACGGCGAAGCAGGAGCCGUUUUCGGCCGCAUGAUUCAUGCUCAAGGCGACGACGGCAAGCACUCUUUCAUUAUCGGAGCCUUUCAAGUCGAUGCGGAGACCCGGGACGGCCUUCGCAUGAAGGAUGUCGUUAAGAACCACUGGUUUUGGGGAGACUACAAAGAAAGCAAGCUCAUGCCCGCCAAAAUCAUGUUAGACGGCCAGCAGAUGAGCGAUUUCGAUGCAUACGCGCAGACGAUCUUCACCGAAAAAGCUGUCCAUGAGUUAGGCUUGUUGAAGGCGGGAUCGGGCGGCGAUCUUUGA